AUAGUGGUUCCUUCUGCCCCUGUUCAGCCAAUGGUGUCAAGAGACAUGGGAGCUGUUUUGCAGUUGGUGGCAAUAUAAGCAGCAGAUGGGUGUGUCGUUUGUGUAUGGAGAAACCAUCAGUCAGGACCCCGUACCAGAGAAGUCCUGGCAACACGUGCCCUUUGCUUUCCAUUCUCUCUCGCAUUCUGAGUGUGUUAAAUUUGGCCCUCAGUACCAGUCAGGAUUUAGCUUUGGUACAGUCACAGCAGAACCAUUGAAGUUCCUGCCAGUGUUAUUGGAGGAGGUGAGGGCACUGGGAGGCAGUGUGAAGAUGUGUCGGCUCACAUCCUUAGCAGAGGCAGCUGCAGAAGCAGACAUCGUCAUCAACUGCAGCGGUCUUGGUGCCCGGAAACUAGUGCCUGACCCAGAGGUUUACCCCUGCAGAGGCCAAGUCAUGAGGGUGCGGGCACCAUGGGUGGGGAGGUACCUGUGUGAUGCAUCCAAGAAGUCAUUUGCCUACAUCAUCCCCAACUUGGAGACAGUGGUACUGGGUGGGACCAACCAAGACCAUGACUGGCGGCUGGAAGUGGACCCUACCGACUCACAGACCAUCUGGGACAAUUGUACAGCCCUCAUGCCCUCAUUAAAGGUGGUGCACAACUAUGGUCAUGGAGGUUCUGGGGUAACACUGUUUUGGGGCUGCAGUAAAGAAGUUGCUGACAUAGCCUGUGACCUCAUUCACAAGCAUUAUGGUCUACCCAGCAGGCUCUAGACCUCCUCUACAAGCUCUAAAUAGUGCAUAAAGAUGCAUUAUUUAAGAUUAAGACAUGUUCAUCAAGCAGGCAGCUUCACUUGCUCUUAACUUUUGCCAUUUACUACAGAACUCUGAAUUUAAUAAAUCAAUAAAAAAUUCCACUGAUUUCAAAA